GCCACACUUACAACUGGACUUCCCAACCCCUUUUGCGAGGUGUCAUGGAAUGCAAUGUCUCCAUCCCUACAGCUGUGUUUGUCACGGGAAAUGAAUGCACUCCAUUCAUGGAGGUCUGCGAGGCACUUCAGUUGGAUAGCCUCUCAAAGAGGCAGUGGUUUAACAUCCAGAAAGCCUAUGUCAUCCCAGUUGUCAAUGAGACAUGGUGUUUGCAUAAUGAUGCAGUAAUGAGCACAGUGAGCGAGGAGCCCUUGAUGGUAUCAGGAGAUUCACGUUACGACAGCCCAGGUCACAAUGCAUCAUACGGCACAUACUCCCUCAUUGACACCAAGUCUGGUGUAGUCGUGGCCCAGGAGACCGUAAAUGUUGCUGAAGUCAAAAACAGCUACUGGCUUGAGGUGGAGGGCCUACAUCGAUGCCUUACCAAGCUCAUUGAGCAUGGCAUUUCAAUCUCAGUCUUGGCAACAGAUUGCCACCCAUCGGUUCAAAAAGUGAUGCGGGAGGAGUAUGGUGGCAUCAAACACCAGUUUGACUUAUGGCAUAUUGCAAAAAACCUGAAGAAGAGACUGCUGAAGUGCCAGGACGAGCAACUUCUUGAGUGGGCGAGGAUGAUUGCUAAUCACUUAUGGUACUGCGCCAUGACAUGCAACGGAAGUGCCACCAAUCUGAAGGAGAAGUGGAUAUCUGUGCUGCACCACAUCACCAACGUCCACUGCUGGACAUCGGGGGAGACAAUUAGAAGAUGUGACCACCCACCGUACACUGCAGAAGAUGAGAAGAAACGGCCAUGGCUCAACCCCCGCUCAACUGCAUUUGAACGCCUCCAGAGUGUAGUGUUGGACAAACUUCUGCUGAAAAAGCUUGAGCACGUCACAGAGGGCAUUCAUACAGGAAGACUUGAGUGCCUACACUCUGUCUACACAAAGUAUGCAACCAAGCGGAAAAAGUAUUUGAAAGACAGCUUUCAGGCUCGACUCCGUGUGGCAGCACUGGACCAUAACAACAACGUGGUCCGGGAGGAUGCGACUAAAAGUGAUGGAGAAAAGCAAAUGAAGCACUACUUCUCAAAGGCUGCAAAUCGGCAUGUGGUGGCCCCUGUGAAGGUGGUGAAAGACUACAGCUUCCGGAAGGAAAUCGUGGCAGCAGCUCUGAGGAGAUGUGAGGUGGUCUCUAUCCGUCAAGUGCUGAGGGAAUGUCCACAAGGGAAAAUGAUGACCAUUGCUGAACACAGAGGGAUUGAAAAACCAGACAAAGAAGUGUCUGUGUCAACACACCUCAGCAGAUUUCCCAAAAACCUAAAUCCAGAGGUGUAGAAGAGAGGAUUGUAAAGAAGCGCAGUCCCGUUCAAGACCAGAGGAGACUGCCCCCCACACACAGCCUAUUCUUGUCCUUCAUCUAUCAACUGCAACCAGCCCAGCCCAGCACCGCACUGCAACGCCCAGCCCAGCACCGCACUGCAACGCCCAGCACCG